AUGGGCACUGUCAGCCAGCUGAGGCUUCUUUUAUGGAAAAAUUUUGUUCUUCAAUUGCGUUCGCCAUGGUUUACAGCUUUCGAGUUCCUCGUUCCGUUAGUACUUGUCGGAGCUAGUUUCGGACUUAUGAUAGGAUUACGAGGAGAUUUCGAAAAGUCUUAUAACGUUCAGAAUUAUACUACAUGGCCCGUUAUGGGAAGUGGUUAUGAUUUCAUAAUUGCCCCAGAUCCUAAUAACUACGGCAGUUGUAUCGCCGAUCCUAGUGCCUUAGUUAGAGAUCCCGACAAUUGCGUCUUCUUAAAUAUGACUAGGAUGGGUAACAACUUAUUUGUAAUAGGGAUGGAAGUAGCUUAUGCACCGAUGACAGCUUCAACAAAAGCUAUUAUGGAGACAGUAAAUAAUCGUUAUAAUACCCCGAACCUUAUAACUGAUGAUAUCAGAAAGCUUCUCUACAAGAUGAACGUGUCAUUCUUGUCAUGGGAGAAUAUUGCGAUCAAUUGUACCGUCAGAGGAUUUAAAUCUGAACCGGACAUGGUUGACUAUCUCAAACAAUCCUUCUCUAAUCAGUGCGGAAACCCCAUAUUAGGUGGUGUCGUGUUUUCCGAUAAGUUUGGAGACACAAUAUCGUCUUCUACCAAGAAUUUGACAUAUACCAUCAGGCUUUCAAAUACAAACAGACGACUGACAAGUUUUGGUGACACGUACUCACCAUGGAAUACUAAAAAAAUUUUCGCUGUUAACUAUGUGACUGGACCUAUAAAUCCGAAUGAUCCCGACGGAGGGUAUCCAGGUUAUUGGAGAGAAGGUUUCAUCACGCUACAACGGGCUAUUGACAUAGGAAUUAAUGAUCUCUUAACUCAAACUGUUACGAAUACUCUUGUUGGAGAUGUUUUGCUUGGACGGUUUCCUUUCCCGGCAUACCAAAAUAAGAUUAUUGAAAUCGGAGCUUUCUUCAUACCAGUCAUCAUCAUCUUCUCAAAUAUGUCUAGUGUGAUUUACAUUGUUCGAAACAUCGUCAUGGAGAAAGAAGACAAACUGAAGGAAUACAUGCGGGUUAUGGGUCUCUCUCAGUGGAUUCAUUGGGUGGCUCACUUCAUCAGUAAUUACAUUAAACUGAUUUUCUCAACUGUCAUAAUAACAAUUCUCAUGGCUGUCAUAACGCCGAACUCGGACUUUUCAAUCACUCUAGUUCUCUUCCUGUUAUACUCGUAUAAUGUGCUAUAUUUCGCAUUCGCUGUUUCUACAUUCCUAUCUAAUGGUACGGCUGGUACCCUGUUCGCUACAAUAGGAUGGAUGCUGUUGUAUUUCUGGUAUACAUUCUUCAUCAGUAUAGAUACCACAACACCAUAUUCAUACGGAGUACGUAUGAUCAAUUGUUUGAACCCAGAUAUCGCUGUAGGGUUCGGUUUGACUAUUCUAGCUCAAUAUGAAACUCAAGCUGGUGGUUUACAUUGGGGUCAAUUGUUCACACCUGCCUCUCCGGAUGAGACUUUGACAAUGGGACACGUAAUGGUCAUGUUGGUGAUAGACGGAAUAUUACUUAUGAUCAUCACAUGGUAUGUGGAAGCUGUUAACCCUGGUGGAGAAGGAGUUCCCCAAAAACCAUAUUUCUUCGUUUUGCCAUCUUACUGGUUCCCUUCGAGCGGGAAGAAUACGGUCACUCCUGAGAAACAGUAUCAAGAAAACCGAGGAAACAAGGAUGCACGCGUUGAAAAUUUCACUACUGAUGAUGAGGUCACUGUGAACAUCGUCAAUCUGUGUAAAGUGUACGGUUCUUCUAAAAUUAAGCAGCUGUUCGACUGCAAAUUCGGCAACGAAUCUGUUAAGAAGGCAGUAGAUAACUUGAAUUUCAAGCUGUAUCAAGGAGAAAUCACUGCAUUGCUCGGACACAAUGGAGCUGGUAAAAGUACUACCUUCAGUAUGCUUUCCGGAGUCAUCCCUCCAAGUAGUGGAACUGCUUAUAUCAACAAUCUUGAUAUAAGAGACAGUCUUCCUGCUGUUAGAAAGUCUAUGGGAUUGUGCCCACAGUAUAACACCUUGUUUGGAUCUUUGACUGUAAUAGAACAUUUGGAAUUUUUCUGUAAGCUGAAGAACCGACCUUGGAAAGAGGAAGAAGCUAUGAGCAUGCUUUCUCGUUUGAGAAUUGACUUCAAAGCACAUGCAAGGGCUGGAUCCUUGUCUGGAGGUCAGAAGAGAAAGUUAUCAUUAGCAAUUGCUCUCAUUGGAAACUCUGAGAUCGUUAUGCUUGAUGAACCAACAUCUGGUAUGGACCCUGGAGCUCGUCACGAAACUUGGACUCUUUUACAAGAAGAAAAGCACAAUCGCACUAUUCUCUUCACCACUCACUUCAUGGAAGAAGCUGAUCUGCUUGGUGAUCGUAUCGCAAUUAUGGCUCAUGGAGAAUUACAGUGUUACGGAACAGGAAUGUAUUUGAAGAAAGAAUUCGGUGAUGGUUAUCAUCUUACUGUUGUGUAUGACAACAAUCAUCAAAGAUCCCAUGCUGGAAUUGACCAGACGAUGAAUAUCAUUCAGUCGCACAUACCUAAUGCAAGACUCGCAACAUUUGUCGGACAAGAAGCUACAGUUUUGCUACCAGCUUCUGCUAGGCACAAUUUCCAAUUACUGUUCGCUGAUCUAGAGCAUAACCAAGAUGCUUUGGGAAUUUCUUCUUUCGGAGUGUCAAUCACAACGAUGGAAGAAGUCUUCUUGAAAGUUGGUGACGCAGCUGAGGAAAAGUACAAUAAGAAUCAUGAGAAUGAACCUGUUGAAGUUACGGAACUUAAAGAUAACGAUCCAUUAUUGCAAAAACUACGGGUUAGAAACAGAUUGAGUGGAUUUUCGUACCAAUUCCAACAUUUCAAAGCUAUGUUCAUCAAAAGGGCUAUUUAUUUCAGUCGAAAAUGGGCAAUCUUCUUACCAGAAGUUGUGUAUCCAGUUGCUUAUCUCUGUCUUAUGGUUUAUUCUUCUACAACAAUCCCUGCUGCGAAGGAACAGCCUCCAUUUGUCAUGAAUCUCGAUCCAGUUGUUACAAAAGAUCAAGGUGCCUAUAUCAUGACUUCGCCAGCGCAAUUUCUAGGAAGCUCUUUGGAACAAGAUAUAAACAAAACAGUGGCAUUGAUGAAUGCCCCUUCGGCACUCCAUGUUCAAACCGUGCCAGAUGUCAGAAAUUACAUAUUAGCACAAACCAAGAUAGCUGGACAGGCCCUUUUUGGAGCUCAUUAUCCUUUAGCCUUUGAUAUCAUGAGUCUCAUUCCAACUGCCGAUUCUCUGAAAGUAUUUUUCAAUAACUAUUUUUAUCCCUCACCUGUAAUUGGUGUGAUGAUGGCAGAUUCUUUGAAGUUGGCAAAAGCUAUAAACCGCGAUAUAGGAAUUACCGUUAUCAAUCAUCCUCUACCUCCUUCAAGUCAAGAUUCUUUGAAGAACAAAAAUUUAUCAAAUGGAUCCUCCUACUUAAUAGCUUACGCUAUGAUUGUUGCUUUGGCCAUGGUCUCAGCCGGUAACUCCUCGUUUUUGAUUCGUGAAACAGCAAAGAAGAGCAAACACUUACAACUAUUAUCUGGACUCAGAGCAUGGAUGUUUUGGUUAACUACUUUCUUGUGGGAUUCUGCUUGGUAUCUUGUCCGUAUGGUUUUGUUCAUGGCUGUUUUCUAUAUGUUCAAUGUGAAGCAAUACACUGAUAGCUUUGGAACCAUCCUCAUUCUCUUCUUGUCACUCUCUCUAUAUGGUUGGACGUCAAUUCCUCUUACAUAUUGGAUGUCUUUCGCGUUCGACAGUGCACCGAAAGGCUUCACAACAAUUGUGAUGUACCAUAUUAUCAGCGGAAUGUCCGGAGCUAUUGCCAUACCCAUUAUACAACAAACAGCAAAUGAUAAUGUGGCUUAUACUUGGAGUAUUGUGUUAUCAUGGCUUUUCCCAACAUAUUCUAUUUCCAAUAUUUUCGUUGUGGUUUACACUAACGAGUUUGCUAAACAUGCAUGUAAGCCUGUGGACUGCAGUUUGAACAUUCUUCAAAGUAGUGUACAAUGCUGUGGACCGCCUAAAGACCGAAUCUACACUAACAAUCUUCUCGGAACUGCUAGUAGAAAAGGAAUCUUGAUCCCGCUUUUGUUCUUCCUUGUUCAGGGAUUCAUGUAUUGGGGCCUCACCUAUGCCCAGGAAACUGGAAUUGUCAGUAGAUUCAUUGAAAAGAUCAAAAUGAGCCGCAAAAGCAAAGUUGGACCUGCAGAUAAGGAUUUGGAAGAAUAUGGCAGCGCAAAUAUCGAGGACUCUGAUGUACUCAUGGAAAAAGAAAAAGUGGCUCGUAUGAAUGAAAAUAGCUCUUCAGUGAUCGUUCGAGAUGUUAAAAAAUGGUACGGUACCUUCAACGCUGUCAAAGGUGUUAGUUUCCAUGUCAAUGAGUCAGAUUGUUUCGGAUUGCUCGGUGUAAAUGGAGCUGGUAAAACCUCUACUUUCCAAAUGAUCACUGGUAAAAAUACUAUAUCUAGUGGAAAAGCCUUCAUCAAGGGAAAUAAUGUUGCAUCUGCAUUCCGAAGUGCUGGUUCUCACAUAGGUUACUGUCCUCAAUACGAUGCUAUUAUAAAACAGAUGACUGGAGAAGAAACAUUGUUCAUGUUUGCUAGAAUUAGAGGUAUCCCAUCAGAUGAAAUCCCAGAAUGUGUUGAUGCUGUUAUCAAAGCUAUUGGAAUAGGCAUAUAUGCUAAGAGACAGAUCAAAGGAUACAGUGGUGGUAACAAGCGUCGUCUCUCACUUGGUAUUGCUCUCAUUGGUUUGCCAGAAGUUCUUCUUUUGGAUGAACCUACCAGUGGUGUGGAUCCAAAAGCAAGACGUAUCAUUUGGAAUAUUCUUGCGCAAGUGAGAAAUCUGGGAACAGCUCUUGUGCUUACAUCGCACAGUAUGGAUGAAUGUGAAGCUCUAUGCACAGAACUUGCCAUCAUGGUUUAUGGAAAGUUCAGAUGUUAUGGCAGUUGUCAACAUAUUAAGAGUCGAUAUGGUGCUGGAUACACUCUUUUAGUACGUUUGAAUCGCAUUGAGGAUCGAGAUGAAGCUAAACAAGAAAUUAUGCGAUCAUUCAACGGUGCUAAACUGAAGGAAGAGCAUGUACUACAACUUAACUUCGAACUUCCACGUGUUGCUGGUGUCACUUGGUCUAGUUUAUUCGGAUCACUUGAGAGAAUCAGCGAGAGGCUAAAUUUUGAUGAUUAUUCUUUGAGUCAAACCACCCUGGAACAAGUGUUCCUUGAGUUUUCGCGUCUGGCAUCCACUGAAGAUAGUCCCGCUGUUCCUCAACCUUAUAUCAAAGAGUUCGGAGCCGACAACGGACUAGAUAUUCAUUUCUAA